AUGUCGUUACUCAAGUUAUUAAGCUUUCUCUCUAUCACCAUAGUUGUAGCUCACUUUUACAUCAAGAGCAGAACAACUGCCACUCGAAAGGGGUACAAGACCAUCCCAGGACCAAAGGGAUGGCCUCUAGUAGGCAAUGCGCCUCAACUAGGCUCGGCACCACAUCGACAAGUCCAACGAUGGGCUCAGGAUUAUGGCGAGAUUGUCAAAGUUCGUCUUGGUUGGGAGAACUGGGUCUUUGUCAAUAGUCCAGACGCCGUCCGCGAAAUAUUUGACAAACAAUCGGCAAAAACCUCUGGAAGGUCGCCGAUGCCGGUGCUCUCUGACCUUUUGUCUGGGAGCAACAGACUCUUACUUUUGACUUACGGGAGUAAAUGGCGGCAAUUGCGAACGAUUGUGCACAAGCUCCUCACGCCAAAAGCCUCGGACAUGUACAAGCCAUCGCAAGAGUUUGAAGCCAAACAGCUCCUCUACGAUAUCGCAACCGAUAACGCAGACCAAGAAAGUUUCUACAUGCAUGUGCGCAGAUACACAACAUCGGUUGUGCUCACCAGUACAUACGGACUUCGUGUUCCUAAGUGGGACUGCGAAGAUGUGCGCCAGAUUUACGAGCUCUUGAAAGACUUCACUGAAGUUGCAGAGCCUGGCGCUUACAUCGCGGAUAUGUUUCCUCCGCUGGCCAACCUUCCAUCAUUCCUUCAGUGGUGGCGACCGGCUGCUCUUCGUGCUUACGGAAGGCAGAGGAAAAUCUGGAUGCAUUAUUGGAAUGGCUUGAAGACGUCGGUGGCUGAGAAAAAAGCCCCAGAGUGCUUCGUGAAACAAUUUAUGGAGUCAGACUUUGAAAAACUUGGCAUCACAGACGUCCAGGCUGGUUUUGUUGCAGGCUCCAUGAUUGAGGCUGGCUCUGAGACAACUUCAUCGGCGUUGAAUAGCUGCAUUCUUUAUCUGGCGGCGAAUCCCAGAGUGCAGGAUAUUGCGAACGAGGAGUUAACGCGAGUGAUCGGCGAUGAUAGAUCACCAACGUUUGCUGAUGAAGCUAAUUUGCCCUACAUCAGAGCAACUGGGAAAGAGGUCCUUCGUAUCCGGCCAGUCACCACAAUAGGGAGCCCGCACUACACAACAUCAGACGUUGUCUAUAAGGACUAUUUCAUCCCCAAGGAUACCGUUGUUGCCAUUCCGCAAUAUGUCUUGCAUUUCAGCCCCGACAAAUGGACUGAUCCCGAAGACUUCAACCCAUCACGUUAUUUGGCUUAUCCUGAAAAGGCUGGCUUUUACGCCGCUCAGGGAGACGCCAAAGCUCGUGACCAUUUUGACUUUGGUGGAGGGAGGCGCAUCUGCCCUGGCAUGCAUUUGGCUGAGAACAGCCUGUUCAUCACAUUGGCUAAGAUCUUGUGGGCCUUCAAGAUCGAGCCGGCAUUGGAUCCGAACGGCAACGAACUGCCGGUAGAUCUAUCCGAUGAAGCUUAUGAGCCGGGGAUCAACACACUUCCCAAACCCUUCAAAGUCCGAUUCACGCCACGCAACAACAGAAGAGCUGAAGUUCUCAAAUAUGAGUGGUUCCAAGCAGAAAGAGACGGGUUCUACUUGGGAAGCGUCAAGGUUGACACGAAGGGCAUGGUAGUAGCAUAA